AUGAAAUAUAAGGGACUCUUUAAAAAUGAAGUUUCGCAGGUGUGUAGAUGCCUUAGCUGUGUCACAGUUGAUUUCAGAGACAUAGAUAUACAGGAUGCACUACGAACGCAAAUACACAUUGAGUCAUUAAGACCAAAAAUUUUGGUCGCGUGUCUGUCGCUGCUGGUCGUCGCAGGAGUGAGUCACGGCCUCCCAGCCGUCGUCACGGCCCCUCCUCAAGUGGCCGCCAGUGCCCCUACACGCCGCGGGCCGAUCCCUCUGCUGCUGCCCAACCCCGUCGACUGCGGCUCCUUCUACAUGUGCAGCUGGUACGGGACGGCCCUGUUGCAGCACUGUCCUGCUGUGCUGCACUUCAACGCCAAACUGCAGGUGUGUGACUCUCCUGAACAUGCCAACUGUGUACAGAGAACACAGCUGCCCUAUGUGACCACAGCUGUUCCCGUUUCCAAUGUGACCACAGCUGUUCCCGUCUCCAAUGUGACCACAGCUGUUCCUGUCGCCAACGUUACAACAACUGCCCCACUCUCCAAUAUAACUUCAGCUGUCCCAGUCAACAGAGCAGCCACAGCAGGAGUGAGUCACGGCCUCCCAGCCGUCGUCACGGCCCCUCCUCAAGUGGCCGCCCAGUGCCCCUACACGCCGGGGCCGAUCCCUCUGCUGCUGCCCAACCCCGUCGACUGCGGCUCCUUCUACAUGUGCAGCUGGUACGGGACGGCCCUGUUGCAGCACUGUCCUCCCGUGCUGCAUUUCAACGCCAAAUUGCAAGUGUGUGACUCUCCUGAACACGCCAACUGUGUCCAGAGAACCACAGCUGCCCCUUUCUACAGCACCUCAACUGCUGUCCCAGCCUUCAAUGUGACCACAACUGUUCCUAUCUCCAACGUAACUACAGCUGUCCCAGUCUCAAAUAUAACUACAGCUGUUCCAAUCAACAAUGCGACCACAACUGUUACUUCGUCAGCGUGACCACACCUUUUCCAAACUCCACUGUAACCGCAGCUGUACCCAGCUGGUCUAUGUCUCAAUGCAUCCAGUGUCCAGGGUGACCACGCCUGGACCAGACCAGAGUGCGAAUCACAAGCACAAUCAAAAUGCCUCCCAAUGUAUCCUGCAUUUACUUUGCAAUAAACUUUUUGAAAUCGAA